AAUCGUUUGCUUCUCUGAAUUCCACUUGCUCACUCGUUUUAAAAGAUGCCGCUAUUUUCAAAAAAGAUUACACCUACCACUAUUACAACCAAUAUUGGUAUGUCGUCUAUUUGUCAUUAGAGAGUCGCCGCAUGCUUGCCCAUGGUUCCAUGAUGGGCUCAUUUUGGACGCUUGUAGAAAAAGCGACCGACCCUUCCGCAACCGAACUGGACUGGUCGCUGGUUUUUCAGAUAUGUGAUGUCGUGAAUAAUACCGAAACGGGGGCCAAAGAAGCACGUAAACUGUUGCAAAAGAAAAUGCUGUCUACGAAUCCCAACACGCAAGUGAUUGCUUUGGAGUUAUUAAAUGCGUUGGCCGAAAAUUGCAGAGGAAAGUUUCAGAACCAACUCUCGGCAAAAUCAUUUGGCGAGGACUUGGAAAACUUGGCCGCUCACAAGGCGACGGACGAACGUGUGUUUGCCAAACUGGCUCAAUGUUUGCAAAAUUGGGUUAGUCAAUUCGGUUAUGAUUCUUCAUUCCAGGCCGUAAGACAUGUUCAUGAUAUGCUGAUGAGUGGAUCGGCCGCAAGACCGACCGAUCGACGUCGUGGACGGCAAUCGUAUGGUGACAGAACAGCCAGCGACCACGCAGCAAGCCAGCCUCGAGAUGCUAUGCGUGACGUGGAGGUUGCCAAGAACAAUGCACAACUCCUUUCCCAAACCUUGUCGUUCACCGAUCCAACACAAGAAGAUAUCACCAAAAACGAGUUAAUUCAGUCGUAUCAGACCAUUAUCUCCAAUCAUCUGCAAACAUGCGAUGAACCCGACGUCAUAUCGGCAUUGUUGGAAGCGAAUAAUGAGUUCAUUAGCACGUUUAAAGCGUACGACGAUAUGUUGGAACGAAGUGCGGUGGAUCAAGCGACACAAAACUCGUGUGUGGAAAAUGUUCGUGGUACUCGUCAGACUGAAACGGCCACGGGGACCGACGCUAAUGCAUCUGAAGCCAGUGCCAGCGGAGCGGGAGAAUCGUCAUCACCGCGACGAUCUGCAUCACCGCCCUUGGAACAACGUUAUAAUCCCUUUAAAGAAAUGCAAUCCAGUCCGAGCGUAGACACCCGCAUGCCGAUGCCAGAACAUCAGGCCUCGAGUACUGCGCUUGUAGAUCCAUUUGAUCCAUUUGCUGAUACGAAUGAGGUGCCUGAAGCACAAACCUCAUCGGGUGAGGCAGGCCACGUUAAACUACCCCCACCACUGACUCCUACCAAGAUGCAUAAUUAAGAAAGAAAAAGAAGAAAUGAGGUGUGUAUCCAUGGAUUGUGGGAAAACCAUGACAACAAUCAGCGGAACAGUCUUGAAUCAACGUGGGGAAUUAAGCCAAGUGACUCUAUUCUCACGCGGAAAUGAGAAGAAAAAGAUGCGAUUGUAUAUUGUGAUGCGACAGUGUCCCAUUUCACGCCGCUGAUA